GCUUCCGGGCCGCCCGCCGGUCGCUAGGAGACCGUUCCCUGACGUCACGUCCGGCGCCGUUUCCCGCGGGCGGGCGGAGGCGCCAUGGCGGAGCUGGCGGAGCCGCCGCGGCCGCGCGUGGGGGUGGCCGCCCUCCACCGCUUCGUCGAGCGGCCCGUCUGCCUCGUCGGCCGCCUGGACAAGAUUCAUCCAACCGGAAAGUCUUUCGUCCUGGUAGACGGAGAAGGGAAAACCGCCACGAUCGAGUUGGUGGAGCCGCUGAACGAAGAGCUCUCCGGCGUCGUGGAGGUGGUCGGCAAGGUGACCACCAAGGGCACCGUCCUCUGCUCCGCCUUCGUCCCGUUCCGAGAAGACAACGGUCGCUUCGAUCUGGGCCUGUACAGCGAAGCCGUGAAAAUCAUCCACGACUUCCCUCAGUACUACCCCUUCGGGGCGGCGACGCACGAGUGAGGAGGGUCCCGGGAAGGAGGGGAAACCCUCGCGACCGGACGAGUGACGAGGGCCGGCCUCGCUUCACCUCUCCUGCCUCGGUUCCCUCCUCCUCCUCCUCCUCCUCCGAAUGGGCGUUGGGGACUCCGUCCGCCCCGGCGCCGAGUACGGCGCUCGGUACGUAGGAAGCGCUCAACGCCCUAACGACGAUCAAGAGCGACCGGACCGUAAGCUCGUUGCGGGCGGGGGGGGCCGUGUCUCUUGGUCGUCGGUGUGUUUGAGACUCGGCGCGGGGCGAGGCGCUCAAUAAACACGACCGACCGACACAAAA